UCAGCAUUCACGCCUACCAGGACACAAAAAUCCUCUUCAAAAUUACACAGAAAAGAAAGUCAUUACUCAGGAAUGAUGUCCAUUCAGGAGAAAUCAAAAGAGAAUUCCUCCAAAGUUACUAAAAAAAGUGAAGAUAAGAAUUCAGAAACAGAAAUUCAGGAUUCUCAAAAGAAUCUAGCAAAAAAAUCAGGUCCAAAGGAGACUACAAAAUCACAGGCUAAAUCUUCCAAUGAAAGUAAAAUAAAUCAGCCAGAAUUGGAAACACGCAUGAGUACGAGGUCAUCAAAGGCAGCGUUUACUGAUAAAGCUACCAAAUCCAUUAAUAAAAAUACAGUGACUGUGAGGGGACAUUCGCAAGAAUCUACAAAAAAGAAAUUAUCUCAGAAAAAAUUCGUGCAUGAAAACCCUAAAGCAAAGGAACAGCUUAACCGGAGAUCACAAAGGCUACAACAAUUAACAGAGGUUUCAAGAAGGUCUUUACGCAGUAGAGAAAUUCAGGGUCAAGUUCAAGCAGUUAAACAGAGUUUGCCACCAACUAAAAAAGAGCAGUGUAGCAGUACUCAGAGUAAAUCUAGUAAAACAAGUCAGAAACAUGUGAAGAGAAAAGUACUGGAAGUAAAGUCUGACUCUAAAGAAGAUGAACAUCUAGUAAUUAAUGAAGUAAUAGAUUCCCCCAAAGGGAAAAAACGCAAGGUAGAACAUCAGACAGCUUGUGCUUGUAGUUCUCGGUGUGUACAAGGAUCUGAAAAGUGUCCUCAGAAGACUACUAGAAAAGAGGAAGCGAAACCUGUGCCUGUAACUUCUGAGGUGAAAAGAUCAAAAAUGGCUGCUUCAGUGGUCUCGAAAAAGAAUGAGAUAAAGAAGUCGGUUCAUACACAAGUGAAUACUAACACAACACUCCCAAAAAGUCCACAGCCAUCAGUGCCUGAACAAAGUGAUAAUGACCUGGAGCAAGCAGGAAAGAGCAAACGAGGUAGUAUUCUCCAGCUCUGUGAAGAAAUUGCUGGUGAAAUUGAGUCAGAUAAUGUAGAGGUGAAAAAGGAAUCUUCACAAAUGGAAAGUGUAAAGGAAGAAAAGCCCACGGAAAUAAAAUUGGAAGAGACCAAUGUUGAAAGACAAAUACUUCAUCAGAAGGAAACAAAUCAGAAUGUGCAAUGUAAUCGUUUUUUCCCAAGUAGAAAAACAAAGCCUGUGAAAUGUAUACUAAAUGGAAUAAAUAGUUCAGCCAAGAAGAACUCCAACUGGACUAAAAUUAAACUCUCAAAAUUUAACUCUGUGCAGCACAAUAAGUUGGACUCUCAAGUUUCCCCUAAAUUAGGCUUAUUACGAACCAGUUUUUCACCACCAGCUUUAGAAAUGCAUCAUCCAGUGACUCAAAGUACAUUUUUAGGGACAAAGCCACAUGAUGGAAAUAUAACUUGCCAGCAGGAAGAAAUGCAAGAAACUAAUUCUCAAGAAGUGAAAAUUAAUGAUAUUACAGUAGAAAUUAAUAAAACCACAGAAAGGGCUCCUGAAAAUUGUCAUUUGGCUAAUGAGAUAAAACCUUCUGACCCACCAUUGGAUAAUCAGAUGAAACAUUCUUUUGAUUCAGCAUCAAAUAAGAAUUUCAGCCAAUGUUUGGAAUCCAAGCUAGAAAACAGUCCAGUGGAAAAUGUUACUGCUGUUUCAACUCUGCUCAGUCAAGCAAAAAUUGAUACAGGAGAGAAUAAAUUUCCAGGUUCAGCUCCCCAACAGCAGAGUAUUCUCAGUAACCAGACAUCUAAAAGCAGUGAUAACAGUAAUUGGUAUUUUUUUAAGGGGACUCCACGAAGAUCAUUCUUGUGCCUAAAGUGGUAAUUCGCGCAUUGGGAGAUAACAAUUCCAAAGGAUUUGAAAAUAAAAGAAGCAGAGAAAACUGAUUGAAAACGGUUGGAUAUAGAUGCAGGACAAAAAAGAUUUGGAGCAGUUUCUUGUAAUGUUUGUGGAAUGCUGUAUACAGCUUCAAAUCCAGAAGAUGAAACACAGCAUCUGCUUUUCCACAACCAGUUUAUAAGUGCUGUAAAAUAUGUGGGCUGGAAGAAAGAAAGAAUUCUGGCGGAAUACCCUGAUGGCAGGAUAAUAAUGGUUCUUCCUGAAGACCCAAAGUAUGCCCUGAAAAAGGUUGACGAGAUUAGAGAGAUGGUUGACAAUGAUUUAGGUUUUCAACAGGCUCCACUAAUGUGCUAUUCCAGAACUAAAACACUUCUCUUCAUUUCCAAUGACAAAAAAGUAGUUGGGUGCCUAAUUGCGGAACAUAUCCAAUGGGGCUACAGAGUUAUAGAAGAGAAACUUCCAGUUAUCAGGUCAGAAGAAGAAAAAGUCAGAUUUGAAAGGCAAAAAGCCUGGUGCUGCUCAACAUUACCAGAGCCUGCAAUCUGUGGGAUCAGUCGAAUAUGGGUAUUCAGCAUGAUGCGUCGGAAGAAAAUUGCUUCUCGCAUGAUUGAAUGCCUAAGGAGUAACUUUAUAUAUGGCUCAUACUUGAGCAAAGAAGAAAUUGCUUUCUCAGAUCCCACUCCUGAUGGAAAGCUGUUUGCAACACAGUACUGUGGCACUGGUCAGUUUCUGGUAUAUAAUUUUAUUAAUGGACAGAAUAGCACAUAAAACAAAUUCUUGCCUACACCACUAGAAGACAUCUAUUGAAGAGAAUGGAUUGGUUGCUGACUUUAACCAGGAACUAGGGCCAUUUUUAUUACGAUGAACUCAGGACUGGCAACAACCAUAUGGUUGUUCCAUUUUCAUAAAAUUGGAAACAAUGCAGUAAUAGCUUAUUGUUUUGUUUUUUAAAGAAGAUAUUUUAUUAUCUUUUACAGAAAUUUAUGAUUGAUGUAUUUUAUCUAUAGUUAUUUAGACAUGUUUACAUGCAGCAGAUAAUUGUUCAUAGUGGACUGAAAACUAAUGCAAGGACUAUGGUCUCAGUGAUAAGUAUAUUUUGAAGUUCUUAAUAUGGAAAUAUACCAGUGUAGCUUGGUACUGUAUUUUUUUAUAUUGAUCUGCUGAUACCAGUGAUAGGUUUAAGGAUUGUAUUUUCACAGAGUGGAAACCCAUUUUUUUACUUAUUGUUCAAGGAGGGUGCAAUAUUAAAUGUUUUGGAAUUUGAAGCUAAUUUUUAAAAGGCCUGAACUAUACUUUGAAGAAACCCCGAUAGAAAAGGAAAGCUCCAGCUAAACAGGAAGAAUUAGAAUAUUGAGCUUUUUUCCCCGAUUUUUCUUUCCUAUCUUUGAUGGAAGGAGGAAGUAGAAAGUGGUAAAGAAUUGAGGCUUUCCUUCUUGAAGAGGUAUAAAUGACAAGCAUUAGGAAAGGUAACCUCCUAGAUUCAUUAUUCUUUCAUUCUGGUUUCACUUUUAAAAAUAAAUGGCAACUUGGCACCCCUAGGCUGUUAACAAAUCUCAAAGAGGUUUAUAAAAACCUAUAGAAUACUUGGAAGCAAAGUAUGGAUGACUCGGUAUCUGCUUUGUUAUUCCUCAGAAAUACUGCACUGAGUAUAUGCCCUCAUUACUGGACUUCAUUUUGAUACUUGUCUAUCCUUCAUAGUGCCCUCUACUUUUAAAGGGUUUAUAUGUUGAAAAACUGCUGUGGCCUUUUAUGACCUGUAUAUAAUGUAGAAUAAAAAUAAUAAAAUACUUGAUAGCUUUUUCUAAGUGACCAAUGUACUAACUGAGA